GGUGCUGGUGGCGAGGAAGCCCGGAUUCGGGCUCCCCACCGCCUGCCCGGCCUGCCUCCCCGCCGUCCUCUACCUCCGCAUGGCCCAGGUCCCCUUCGACAUCCACGUCGACACCUCCUUCCCCGACGCCGAGCACAUACCAUAUGUUGAAUUUGGCGAGUGUGUCGCAUUCAACAAUGAAAAAGGAGGUGUAAUUGAGUAUCUCAAGGAGGAGAAAAUUGUGGACUUGACCUCAAAACUCCCAAGCGAUUCUUACUCUGAUCUAACAUCCACAAAGGCCAUGGUUUCGACUUGGCUUGCUGAUGCUUUGCAAUACGAACUCUGGGUGGUUACUGACAGGAGCAUUGCACAAGACAUUUACUAUUCUGAUCUCUCCUGGCCCAUUGGGAAGAUACUCCACUGGAAGAAAACUAGAGAUGUGAAGCAAUUACUGGGUAUAACAAAGCUUAAUGCUGCAGAAAGAGAAGAGGAGAUAUACCGGAAUGCUAAUGCUGCUUAUGAUGCUUUAUCAAUGAGAUUAGGAGAUCAAGCCUUUCUUUUUGACAAUAGCCCUACAGAUGUUGAUGCUCUUUUCCUUGGACAUGCUCUUUUUGUCCUUAAUGCAUUACCUGGUACAUCUACGCUGCGAAGUUAUUUACAGAACUAUGACAACUUGGUAAACUGUGCCGAGCGUCUCAAGGUCCAAUUGAUGAAAACCGAUUCAUCAUCAGCAGGGUCAGUAUCAGGAUCAGGAUCAUCUGAUCCGUCGUCAUCAUCCACAUCCAGGAAAGGAGCAUCUUCUGGACAAAGUUACAAGCCUAAACCCAAAGCUAAGAAGGAGCGUACGGAGGAGGAGAAGAAAUUUAGGCGAAGAACAAAGUACUUCCUUGCAACUCAACUCGUUGCAGUCCUUGUCUUCCUAUCGAUCAUGGGUGGGGCGGAUAAUCCUGAGCUAGACGAUGAGUACGAUGUGGAGUAUGAAGAUUAAACUCUCCCCAUCCUUCCGCUAGAAGAAUAUACUUUCUGAAGGUUUAAUUUGCCACAGCGCUGGCUGUGGUGCUUUGGGAAUUUGUUCCCUUGCUAGUCAGGGGGGGUUGCAUACUUGAUGUCGUAGUUAGAAAGGAAACACACUGAGUUGGUUAGCAACUGGCCUUUCCAUGAUUUCGGAUGCGAAACAUCUGUUUCCAAAUUUUGUAUGGCUUUGUGGAAAGCUACUUGAGAGUGUUCGGAAGUCCUUUUUGUGCAUUGCCCCCCUGUUUCUUGUUAAAUAAACUAUGUAGUUUGGAAGUAAAUGACCUUUCGGUCCGUCCAAACAUUCUUCUUUUUUGUUAAUAAUUUGCUUCCUGUUUAUUCUUUUUAUCUUCUUGAUGAAACCGAAGAUAUAUUUUAAAAGAUCACAAUGGCUGGCUGCAAUGCUUUCA